UAAUUAAACGAAUUAAAUUAUUCAUUAAUUAUAUUUUACUAGUUUUAAUUUAAAUAUUGCGCCUUGAUUUAUAUGUAAUAUUUUGGUCUUUUGGCGUUGCCAGACUGUAAGAUUUAGUGAGACCUGCUACCUGGAAAAAGAAAAUCCCCGCUGCUUCCGUGGGAAUUUCCAGUAAAACCCCAACAAGCACACUUUGUAAUAAAUAAAAAAUAAUUCGCUGUUUAUUUUGUAUUUACACGCAAUUAACCAGCCACAGGAGCUGCAGGGACACGCCAAAGGACACUAGGGGAGUAACGCCCACGUCCACACUUGAGGAAACCGUAUUAGUCAUUGCCAGAGAACUGACCUCCUCCAGUGGGUGGAGUUUCCCCUGCCGAGUGGAAUCGAUAUAGAGCGAGACAGUAGCCGCACCACCUCGGGAUGGGCAACAAACAGAUCAAACAGCACCUGGAGACGGCCCAGAAGACGGGCAUCCUGAAGAUAUCGCUGCAGCGCCUGCAGGAGUUCCCGCCGCAGCUAAAGGCCUAUCCCAAUGUACUGAAAACCCUGGAUCUAUCAGAGAAUCGCUUCGAGCGCGUCCCCGAUGAACUGGGCAAGCUGACGCUGCUGAAGCAUCUGAAUUUGAGUGGCAACCGGCUUGCGGAGCUGAACGAGGUGGUCGGGGAGCUGGUCAAGCUGGAGGUGCUGCUGCUCAUGGACAAUCUGCUGACCAAGCUGCCCAAGACCUUGGCGAAUUGCACGCACCUGAAGACGGUGAAUUUAAGCAACAAUCAGCUGAAGGAGUUCCCCGGCAUGCUGUGCGGCCUGAAGCAGCUGGAUGUUUUGGAUUUGUCGCGCAACCGGAUCACCGAGGUGCCCGCCGAGGUGGGCGGUCUCUAUGUGACCGAACUGAACCUCAACCAGAACCAGAUAUCGUCGCUGGCCGAGGAUGUGGCCGAGUGCCGUAAGCUGAAGACGCUGCGCCUGGAGGAGAACUGUCUGCAGGCGACGGCCUUCACGCCGCGCAUUCUCAAGGACUCGAAGAUCUGCAAUCUGGCCGUCGAUGGCAACCUGUUCAACUCGAAGCAGUUCACCGACCUUGACGGCUACGACGUCUACAUGGAGCGCUACACGGCGGUCAGGAAGAAGAUGUUUUAGGGAAACCCAGAGAGUUGAACGAGCAAUUCCACCUUACGAUUUCCAAUAUCCCCACUUUUUUUUUUUUGCUUUCUCUGAGUGUCGUGUAUUUUUCUUUUAUUUAUGAGCGUAAAAUAAUAUAUAUUAGCUAAAUUGUAUGUGUGCAUAUUGUUAUAAAUUAAUAAUAAAACGAGAAAAGA